CGGCCAGGGCAGACAGAAUACCCAGCAAGGUCAAGAUGGACAAAGCAACCAAGGCCUGGCCAGCGGGGCGUCAGGAGCGAGCGGUUCGGGGACCUCCGGUGCGGGUCUGGCGAGCAGCGGGUCUCAGAGCGCAAAUGGGCCUUCCGGUGCAGGAGCGUCGUCAGCGGCACGUGGCGCGGGCCAGAGCAGCCAGCAGCAGCAGCAACAGCCAGCCGCGUCGGCUGUGUUCCAGAACAGCGCUGCGACCGGGUCUGCGGACAAUGCCCUCAUCGCCCUGCAGCAACAAUGUCUGACAGGCGACCACAAGACUGUGUGUCAAAGUCAUGUUCAAAGAUCGCUCGCGGGACUAAGCUACGGCGACACGGCAGCGCGAGAUUCACCGCAAAUUCAGGCGCUCGCGAUUGUCCAGAACACAACGUGGUUCCGCCGAUACUUGGCCGACCAACUGGCUCAGAUUUUACUCGCCAGGAGCUUCUUCCCGACCAACUGGCUCCGAUUUUACGAAGAUGAGCUUCUUCCCGCCGCUGCAAAGAGCCGAAUUCUGAAGGCGACGCCGCCGGCGGACCAGAUGGAACCAGGAGCACCCCCACCUGCACCUGCUAGCUUGUUUACCCUGGUGCGCGAAUCCUGGGCGAUAGGACAAGGAUUACGACAAGAUCCGCACUAUGCGGCGACGCUCGAAAGGGGUAGGAACUGGGAAUUGUUUUGGUGCCAAGACCGUAGCAGGCCCGAGCACGAGACGGCCCCGGAGACAGAGGCGGGGAACCAAGCGCUGCAUUGGAGCGAAUGGGAGAUCAAAGUCGACCGCGAGCUGUCGUUGGAACAGCGUGCAUACCUUUGCUACAUUUCGGUGCCCGACGAACUCCAGAGUGCGGACCCGAACAACGUGCCACGAGAGGACGCACAGAAGCUCCCUCGUACAUCGGAGGUGGCAGAGCACGGCAUAGUUGCCCCGGGAGGUUUUCUGGAACUAACGGAGCUGUGGGUCGCCUCGGCGCUGGUGCUGGGGGUGGAUUUGAACCUCUAUUGGGAUUUUACCGAGGACGCCACGCCUGAGGACCCUCAAACUGCUGUCUGGGUUGCAUCACGCUUCAGGCUUCUCGGUCAUUUCCCUGGGCCAGCGCCGAUGUCAGGUAGUGCGACACCUGCACUAGUAACCGCGUCUGCGUCUGCUUCUGCAGCUUCCUCGUCCUCCUCUUCCUCCGCCCGACCCCCAGCGCACUUGGCAAGUGAAGAAGAUCUGGAGGCCAACAUUCUCCUCGAGGUGGCCAUGAAGCCAGUGGCCAGCACUGCUUCCCAUGGCGUCGAGGGCCAGAGCGCCGCGCCCGCAACAUCUUCAUCUACCACGCCCAGUUCCAAUUUCUUUUUCUUCGACUACCGAGGCUUGAGUUUGCCGGGAACGAAAGAACAAAACUGGCCGGCGCAGCGGCGAGAGCGGUGGGCUGCAGCGAGGGCGGCGUCGCAGCAGGCGCAGACCUCAGCGGCCACUCCGGGCGGAGACCUGUCUGGUGCAUCCGACGCGUCUGGCGCAGGCGGAAGGAGCGGCGGAUCCUCAGGCUCAGGCGGUGCGAGCUCGUCUAGCGGAGGCGGGCCGACGAGCAGCGGGUCUGGGAGCGCAAAUGAGGCUUCCGGUACAGGAGGGUCCUCCGCGGCAGGUGGUACGGGCCAGUGCAGCCAGCAGCAGGAGCAGCACCGAACGGACGGAGAACAUCAGUGUGACGCAUCCGCCGCGGUCGAGGAUGAGGUGGUCGUCCCUUUGAUCAAAUACGAAGAUGAAAUAGUCUUCCAACCGCCGACGAUUUCUGGCUAUAAUACCGCGGCCCUGACCGGAUCGGGUGAUGGGGGCCUGAUUGCCCUGCAGCGACAGUGCACCGAAGCCGACGCGCACGCCGAGUGGUGCAUCCCGCAUUUGCAAAACGGCUCGUCGGAAGAUUCCGGGGGCGUUCUGGAAAGCAUUAUGCAGAUCGAUAAGUUUCGAAAAGUCCUAGUGGACCACCUGGCGGAGAUUCUGAUGGACAAUUUCUUGCGGCAGCCGCACGAAAUCGCAAACCAACUCCAUUUGGAAAGCGCCGUAUUUCCUCUGAACGGGCAGACGUAUGAAGUGUAUCACCCUAUGCAGUACCUGGUGGCCCUUCGCGCCAAUCCGUACUGGGCUUUGGAAGAAAGCGCUCGAGAAAGUUACCAGAAUAGUGAACAAAUCUAGCAUAUGCUGACUAGAAUCUUUUUGCUAAUGCCAAAAAAAACAAGAAUCUGCCUGGUGGCACAUCAACAUCUCAAACAGCACUCUGUUGCCAACGUGACAACUAUGCAUGUUUUUAUAUGUUGCAUUACACAUACAGACUACAUUAACUAGCAAUAUGACACAUAAUGCUCCAAUAUGACAUCUGACCACGACGCCAUGAAAAACCUUCCAAAACAUGCAUUAUCAUAUUGUAAUAUUGUCAUAUUGUCAUAAUGCAUAUUGCUCGCGACAGCCCGGCGGCUGAAAAUUGGCCACACCCGACACGCUGUCGGCCGGGUGUUGUGAUUCUAGGACCCCUUAGGCGGGUGCGUAUGCAUUCGCGGCAAAUUUGGGGCGAUGAGCCGUAUGCACUUCUUCCGCCCCUCUCGCACUUGCCCAGUCUGCUGAACCUAGAGGGGGCGCGGCGCUCGUGCGCCGCGCCUGGCAACAGUCUACUUCUUUGUUUCCAUAGGCAGCGUCGCAGUUGUAGCGCCUCCUAGUGCGCUGCAGCUUUUAGCAGCAUCGCCCCGGCUCUGGGGCGUCAGCGCUUACUGUACUACGAAAGCGCAACGCGCGAUGCUAAUAGCCACACCCACGCCACGAAUAAAGCAUUAUGACGCAACGACAGCUGAACUUUGAGCAAUUGUGUUUGGGUUCCCGUGCGGAAAAUUCGCAUGAGAGCGGGCGACCCGUGGCAAAGUCAUUCGGGUCGCAACGGCCCAGGUCGCGCACAUGUUCCUCUGGUUCGGACAAUUGUGCCCUUUCACUGAGGGAGAGCGCAUGACGCGCCGUCUCGCUGGCGCUCAAACGAAAUGGAGGGACAGGAGGCGGGCCUUGCAGCGCAAGUAGUGGCGGGCGCUGCCGGGCCCGCUUUCGGAGGCGGGGGUUCCGACUUUCAACACAUUCCGGUCAUUUUGCUCAAAAUGCCGCAGUCAUAUUGUCAUUUUGUCAUAUUGUCAUAUUGCAUAUUGGUAAAAGUGUCGAAAUUUUGCUAGUUAAUGUAAUGUGCACAUAUGAUAAUGAUAAAUAUGCUUAUGCUAGCUUUUGUCUGCGCGAUACAGGUAUACCACACACUCACUUGCCAGGUCGGUCCGAGUAUCGACCGCUUGGCGGACCUGGUGUGGCUUCGGCGCAGGGCGUUUUUGCUGACCCGAACUUUGCUGCCACGCAUGCCCUCGGGGAAGAGCGCGGCGUGCACUGGUGCAAGGCAAAAAGAGAGGAAGGAGACUGGACAUGGAAAGAGAGGCAAGAGAGGAGGCAGCUUUUGACCGAAAUGCAGCGGGAGUAUCUGUGCUACAUGUCCGUGGUCGAUGAAUCCAUCUUCGAACACCUUGAACUAUCAAAUUGCCCACGGAGGGAAAACUAUCAAAUGCAACUAUAUCUGCGUUUGGACUUGCGAUGCGAGGUGUGAAGGAGACGAAGAGGCUCUGUGAUGCAUGAAUGCGACUUAGUCAGCUUUUUUAUCCUGCUGGAUGGUAGAUGGACUCGCAGAAACCCGAAAGAAAUAGUAAUCAUUUCAUGCAGCCCGAAUAUGCCGCACAAGCGGUCACUCUGAAUGUUGCAGGUAUCAGCAACACAAAUUUCCAAAUCCAGACACAUUUGCAGUUGAUAGAAGCAAUAGCAUCCCGGCGCGAACUGCACACGACGAGGAAGAGAGAGUAUUGUCAGCGGGCGGAUUAUCUCGUGUGAAAACGUUCUCACGACUCCAUGAUCAAUAUGGAAACUCUGCUAGACAAAGCCGGGAGUUUUUGGAGCGAUUCAUGACAACUCCGUCAUGGCCUGGAGCAGAUGAUGAAGUCCUGUCAAGCCAUCUGCGUUUCAAGCCAUCUGCGGCCUGGGGCAGAGGCGGGGUCAAACUGUGGUGCAAUUCCUUUAGCAUGACAACUUCAUGAUGGCUACGCAGUAUAGUCGUGACUAACUAACAGUAGCACGGCCGACUCACAUAUCAUCCGCUGCCUGGCCCUGAUUAGAGCAUCUUCACAAAUUUGCAAACUUGGUCGUAGAAAAUGAAAAUGGCUCUGAUGGGAGACCGCAUGACCAUGAGAAAAACACAAAGUCUGAGCGUGCAGAUUUCGAUGACAAGUCUUGGGAGUUGGGGACGUUUUCACACAGGAUACGAAUUUCUGGAGCCCACGGAGUUGUGGGUGGCGGCUGCGCUGAUUUUGGGCGCGGAUCUGACCCUGCAUACGGGCGUGGUCGACCAGGACAAUGUAAUUCAAUGGGACGUGCGCCGGCAACUGCGACUUCCAGCACCGGCGCAGGACAGAACGACCUCCAACUGGAAACACAAUCUCGCAUUUGAUGUCGGUUACUUGGAAAUUGAGCAGUUAGAACUUCAGCCAUCGGUAGUGCAUUUCAACUACUGGGGCAUGAUCGUGCCCGAAACCAAGGAACAUAACCGCCCAGAAAACCGGAGACGGGACGACGAGCCGGAUCAUAGCCAAAUGGUCGACGCUCCUGCUGCGCACGAUGAGGAAGAUGCACGGACUCUAGCUCCCGUUGCGGUCGAAGUUGAUCAUGUGGCACAAGAAGGAAAGGAUUCUUCGUCUGGCUCUGGUCCCGCCGCCGCCACGUCGGUGCAGGACCACGAAGAACGCGAGGGGCGCGCUACAGCGCUGGACGGUGGACAAAGCCCUCUUGAUCAGGAUGCGGCCCCCGGUACGGCAGCUACGCCGAUAGAAGAAGCAGGAGCGGCACCAGCACCCUCUUUUCUUGUACCGGCCCCGGCGCAGGAAGAAGCGGAAGAGCCCGCGGAUGACAUAGAACAUUCUCCUGCACCGCAGGAGGACAAUGCAGAUCCACGACUUCAAGGCGGGGGCGAAGAUGCUCCUCCUGUUGACGCAGAUGGAAACGCCAGCUAGGACGCCGCGUUUGCGGGGAUCUCAGGUUGAAGUUGAUAUUACCUCUCCGGAACUAGCACAAUGAUUCCUUUAUACGCAAAGGCGGCAAUGGCAAAGGACGACUAAUACAACGACAACAAGUCGGCACAACUACUCUUGAAGCUUUUCAUGAAUCGCGUCCAAAGAAGUUCUUCGGCGGCUGGACAGGAGGGCGCGCGCUGACCCCCGAGGAGGUUCAAUGGGUUUAGUCUUGAUCUGGUUUUUCCUGUAUAUUUUUGACGCAGUGCAUAAUGGACGCAAAUAUCGAACAGUUACUUAUUUCUUGAUACAAGUACUUUUUACAAAUAAUAAUUAGUAAUAUGUGUGGCAUGUUCGCACAAUUAUACAUAGGCCCUAACAUGAAGAGAUCACUGCCAGCCCUUUUAAAGGGCUCCAUUGAAGUUUGUUUCUGGUCCAAAUAGUAUGCGGACAACAUGUUGUAAACAUAACUCGUAAAACACAAGAACUAGUGAAGACUGUACAAAUUCUCGUACAGAGGAAUACGAGGAAAAUGACUGAAGGAUAAGGACCGUGAUGAGGCUGCGAACGUGGCACAGAUUCUUGUGAUUGUGUUGUGUAAGGGCAUUUUCUAUACCUCAACUACACUACUUCGACCUCCGCCAGAAAUUUUAAAAUUGGCGAGACAUCAUCUUGUCCCAACUGAACAUAAGCUGUACAACUUUCGCUUCUCUCAGAAAUACCGUGGACAAUUUUCAUUUGGUGUAUCAAGAAGAACAACCUCUAAGCCCUACGUGUAUAAUUUUCAUUAUUCGCAAGAAAAGCACCAGCACCAGUAGUGAUACUUAGAAAUUCCCACUUAGACUUAUGGGAGGCAGCAACACAAUGCUAAAACGAAAAAAUGCAUACUUGUUUUGUGACUACUUGAAAUUGGUUGUGAACCACCGUUCGAAUUUAGAAAUAGUAAGUACCGCAACCCUCACUGAGAGUGACCAGAUGUAGAAUCGCAUUCGCCAUUGCUGCUAGCGACAGCGAGGCCAAGGCAGGUUAUUUCGAACAAAAGAUGCAUCUUGUAUAAGACAUGAGUCACCAGUCGUGCAUUUUGACAGUACAGAAUCGCUUCUCUCGAAGUGCAAGUGGAGCUUUUUUUCCUCUCAAGAGGACUGCUCAAAAAAAAAAGACGAAGGUGAUGACAGAAACUUAACGAUCAGAUCCAGCGAAAUAAGCCGAAAACCGAGACUGUCUCAGUUGCAACGAAACGCCCAC